UCCGAUAUAACUAUCCUACUCCUUACAGAACAAGUCGGUGUGUCCUCCGCAGCAAUAAAAUUUUUAAUUAAUUCUCAGGACACCCCUUGCAAUUACGUCAUAUCACUCAUUAAAAGUACCGAAGUCGUUGAAUCGUUACAGUUGAAGUUUCGUGUGUACAGUUUGUGCUAUAAAACAAAAAAUCGUUAUGAGUGCUCCUGUGAAGAAGGUUCCCAUUCAUUUGCAGAGUUCUCAAAACCGCCUUUUAAUAAAGAGUGGUAGAAUUGUUAAUGACGAUGGUAUAUCAGAAAAUGAUGUUUUCAUUGAAGACGGAAUCAUUAAAGAAAUCGAAAUCGGUAAAAAUCUCAUUAUACCAGGUGGUACCAGAACGAUUGAUGCAAGGGGGCUAUUCCUUCUCCCAGGGGGCAUAGAUCCCCACACACAUUUAGACUUUGAAUUUAUGGGUACUGUUAGUGCUGAUGACUUUUACCAAGGGACCAAAGCUGCCAUUGCUGGAGGAACAACUAUGAUAAUCGAUUUUGUAAUUCCUAAAAAGGGCGAAUCUCUUAUCGAUGCUUACCAUUCAUAUCGCCAGAAAGCUGAUGAUAAGGUGUGUUGUGAUUAUGGAUUACACUCCGCUAUUACUAGUUGGGACCAUAAAGUCAAGAAUGAAAUGGAAAUUCUUUGUUCUAAAUAUGGGAUUAAUUCUUUUAAAAUGUUUAUGGCUUAUUCAUUUAGACUUGACGACUCCGAACUUUAUUCUGCUUUUGAAUAUAUUCGUAAAUUAGGUGCCAUAGCACUUGUUCAUGCAGAAAAUGGAGCAAUUAUUGAGAAGAACACGGAAAGAUUAUUAGAAAAGGGAAUAACGGGUCCCGAAGGGCAUGAACUUUCAAGACCUGAAGAAAUUGAAGCUGAAGCUGUAAAUCGUGCCUGUGUCAUAGCUAAACAGGUAGCUUGUCCUCUGUAUAUUGUGCAUGUGAUGAGCAAAUCAGCAGCUCAAGCACUGGUUAUUGCUCGUGAUAGAGGUUCUCAAGUUUAUGGAGAAACAUUAGUAGCUGCCUUAGCCACUGAUGGUUCACAUUAUAAACACAAAUGCUUCCAUCACGCAGCUGGCUAUGUGCUGAGUCCUCCUCUUCGGCCGGACCCCACCACCCCUCAGUUUUUAAUGAAUUACUUGAAACAGUAA